CUUAGCUGCCCCAUCCCGGCUCUCCUGCCGUCCACCACAGUACGUCUACCCUGGCCGCCGACCUCGCUGCUAUCAGGGCUGGACCGACGUCUGCUCUAUACAUACCUACCUACAUACCCAUCUGCAUACAUACGCAUACAUAGCUCCAGACGCAUACAUAGCUCCAGACGCCCGGACAUAGCUGCCUCCCGACCUCCUCAACCUGCCGCCCGCCUCGCCGCCACUCCCGUCUCUGCUCCCGCCCGCCGGAGCACGCUAUUUAAUUCGUGCUUCUUCUUGGCCCUCCUCCCCGUGCCCCUUUGGCUCGGUCAGACAGUCCAGCGCAUCCUCCCGACCCGUGCCAGCUUGGUGCCUCCGCCCCUGUUCCCUGACUUGACAGUCAUGAGAGCGUAGCCGCUACAGCCUGCGGACCGCACUCAACACCGAACGACGGAAGACAGGCUGGCUCAUCUCUGCUGGGCGGCGACCAUCUAUUAUGGCAGGACGUCCUAUUGGGUUGAGAAAGUCUAACGGAACCGGCCUGUCUGCCUGACGUACUCACCCGCACUGCGCUUUCUCAUCUGCUGUUUUUUUUUCCCUCGGCCAAACACCAGCCCUCGCGCUCAUUGGCUGGAGCAUAGCUCGGAGAGACGCCGCCAACCAUGCUCCUGUCUGCCUUCAAAUUCAUAAGCAGCUCCCCCUUCUCCUCCUAAUCCAUCCCCUCCAAAAAACCAACAAAACAAAACGAGGGAUCCCCCAGCCCAACCUCCAUCUCGUCUGCUGUCUUUGACCAUCACGCAUAAAUCCGUGCUCGUCGUUAGCGCCAGCCUGACUUGCCGCACACUAUCAUCACCCUUGCUUCCACCCGCCUCUGCUUCAACCGCGUAGAAACGACCUCAUAGAGAUAAAAAUCUACCUCGGGUCGUGUCUGGACCGCCUCCCCAGACCCUCCCCACACCCUUGGGAUCAAGCAACCCUUCUCAUCUCUCCUUAGCAGAGGCAAACAGCGGGCAGGAGGGCACCCAGCCAAGAGAAGGCAUCGAGUCGCACAAGCGAGACCACGAAACCCAGCCGCACACGCACGUCGAUAACGCCCACCCAUCGAACCCCACGCGUUUUUGGGCCCGCAAGUCAACGACGCAAGAACAGAACCCUCCCCUCCCUUGACACACCUUUGAUCGUCACAUCCCCCAGGAGAGACAGAUCCCAGGUGCCCUAACGCGUCGGCUGAGAGGCUGCUUGCCGCCCACCCACGACCGGGGGCAAGGAAGCGCGCAGGUUUCUUGGGCUGAUGAAAACGGGCCGCCGCUUACGGCUAGGCUAGGCGAGACACCGUCAACGUGGAUAUCGCCUCGCUACUCAAGGGCUCCGACUCUAAUGAGUCUACUUCGGCUCCCACACAUCUAGCCAAACCUGCCUCUGAUCCUCCCCCGACGCUUGCGACGGCGACAACCGGCGGUCCUUCGCCGAACUACAGCUACACCACCACAGUUCAGCAACCAACCGCACUAGUGGCUUCCACGUACGCCCCCGCCUACGGGCCCGGCCCUGGGCCGUCCUUUGCGCCCGGCUCCUCCGCGCUGGGACGGGAUAUAGGCCCGCAGUUUGGGACAGGCCCCGUUUCUUUCGGGCCCGUCUCCGGAUUCGGUCUUGGGCCAGGCCCGGCGACAGGCCACAACCAGCCCGUGUUUUCAUCGGGCAGCAGCAGCAGCACAGCCGCCUCGUCGGCGCCCCCUCCGAGGCGCAGCAUGCCGCCGCAACACGCGGCUGACAGCCCUCCUGCGGCAAAGAAGCAGAGCAAAUGGUCGCCCGAGGAGGACGCCAUCAUCAUUGAGCUUCGGGGCAGUGGGAUGAAAUGGGAGGACAUCUCGAAGCGCCUCCCAGGGCGCAGCUCCAUCAGCUGCCGUCUGCACUACCAGAACUACCUGGAGAGGCGAAGCGAGUGGGACGAGGAGCGGAAAAACAAGCUGGCGAGACUUUAUGAGCGCCUGAAACCGGACAUGUGGCAAAAGGUGGCGGAAGAGAUGCAGGUUCCAUGGCGGGCAGUCGAGGCGAUGCAUUGGCAGAUUGGCGAGCAAGACAUGGCCAGGCGCGCCGGCGUCGUGGCCUUCUCGCUCUCAGGGGCGGCCGAGAAUUCGCACCACCAGCGAGCGUCUCCCUCGAGGAGCCACCACCACCCGCAGUCCCACGGCCACAUGCCCCGCGACAUCCUCCCGGGCGCCGGCCCGACUCACUACGUGCCCCGUGGCGGCAUGCACCCCGUCAUACCGCCGCCGCUCCAGCCGCCGGGCCGGCCACUGGCCACGCGCCGGGACAGCGUGCACUCGCGCACACUCGGCGGCCACCACCACUACGAGAUGGGCGAGCCGGCCCAGUCCAUGUAUGCCCCCGCGCACGGGCUGGCACCCAUUCAGACGAGCGCGCCACUGCCACCACCGCAUGGCGGCGGCGGCGGACGCCUUGGCAGUGGGAGUGGUGGUGGUAACACGCUUCCGUCAGUGGCCGAGCUGACGACCGGGGUCAGCCCCUAUAGCACACCCGCGUACUCGGUUGCGGGCGUGAGCCCGGUGCACAGCCACGCCACCGCCAGCCCGAGCCAGUACCCACCAAGCAUUCCCCUGUACGCGAAUCUAGACUCGUCGGGGGCGGCCAAGCGGCGGGCCAGCCCUGAUAUGGGCCGCGAGACCAGCCGCCGGCGGUAUUACGAUCCCACGCCGCCUGAUCCGGCAGACCGCGGUGCCCCUUCGUCCGGCCGACGCAUCAUGUGAAAAAGACUCUACCGUUGAUCCUACUACUACUACUACAAUUAUUAUUAUUACAUAACGAGAAAGGAGGGAAGAGGGAAAAUCAUAAUACGAGGGCGGCAUGUUCACUCAGCUACGCCGGCCAUGUUCGCUCCGUUGACCUUAACGGCAACGUCGAGCACAUCAGGCAGGCUUCCUCUUUUGUCCUGCCGAGUCGGCUUGGGCAUCGGGUUCGCGUUCUGCUUUCUCUGUUUUACUUGCCUUGUCCAGUACUCUCCGGGGAGAAUUCCUGUUUCAUACCACACUGCCUGUUCUUUUUUAUUUUAUUUGACCGUCUAAUACCACGGCAUCUCUUACAGCACCGGAGUUUGGCAUGUGCAAGAGAUGGGGGUCUGUUUGCGGCUACAUCGCAUCAUACAAAACGAACCAAAACAAAAACAUAACCUACAUCUUUGAAGGAAUGGGGCCUGGCCAAAGCUGCCUGUUUCGAUUAAGCAUGGGUUUUCGUUGCUUCGGGGCAGCGUCGCGUCCUUCCAUUUUCAUCGGCUGCAUUGUCCGUCCGGCGAGGGUUGUUUAUGUGAUGGGAUCUUGAUCUUUUUCUUCCCUCUUUUUUUGCUUGUCGAACGACGGCCUGCUCCCCCCCUCACCCCUGACCCUUAUUCUUUUCAGGAUACGAGGCAAGGUCGCGCCACGGAACGGAAAGCCAAAAAGGUUUUGGCAAGACAGAAUGCCUGGCUGACCAAAGCCUGACAAAUCGGGGGACGGAGCAGGGAUUGCGCCGCGACGAAGCAGGACAGCAGUCGUUCGCACGGGCGCUUCUCUCGUCUGCUGUGGGGAGGAAAAAAGAGGAAAGGGGAACCUAGAAAAGGUGGUGUUUGACUCCGGGAUGACGCCUGAAAAGGGAGGGGAAGGAGGAGAAGGAAAAUUCCCAGCGCGCGAAGCAAGGCCUCCCGUUCGAUCCAUGGAUCCAACAACAACGCAUUAUUCCCACCCACCGAGCACAGACUCGCGCACACGCGCAAGCGGGCAAAACAGCCCAUGUCCUGUCCUGUCUCUCCCUUUCCCGCUUCCCGCCGAUAUCAACACGCCCC